AUGACAAUUGUUUCAGAUAAUGGACCGUCUAACAAAGAAUCUGAAUAUUUAGAUCCUUCAAAAGAUUGGGAAGAAUUUGAAAAAGAAUAUGAUUCUGAUGAAGAUCCUAAUAUAGAUGAUUCUUGGGGCGAUUGGAAUGAAGAAGAAUUAUAG